AUGGCCGUUUUGAAAGUGACCUUUACCAAGACAAAGAGGGACAAACUAGCUCAGGUGCUUUGGAUCUUAAAUUGGAUCUCCGUGGUGACGGGCGUGAUCCUCUUCAGCCUGGGCCUCUUCCUUAAAGUGGAACUCAACAAGCGGUGGGAGAUGAUGGCCGAUACUGACAUUCAGUACGUUCCCAACAUGCUCAUAUCCGUUGGCCUCAUCGCCUGCGCCAUUAACUUCCUGGGCGGGAAGAUCUGCUACGACUGCGCCGACACGGCCAAGUUCCUCCGCUGGAAGCUAAUUAUGCUGCCCUACAUCGUAUGCACCUUUUUCUUCACUUUCUGUGUGCUGGUUGGGGCCCUCAUGUGCUACACCAUGCACUGGGAGCUGGAUGAAUCCUUGAGAGAAGGCUUAACUAAGGCCAUGAAGUACUACAAGGACACGGACACACCAGGAAGAUGCUUCCUCAAGCGUGCCGUGGACACACUGCAGAUAGAGUUCCAGUGUUGCGGCAACAAGGCUUACACAGACUGGUUCCGAAUUCAGUGGAUCAGCAACCGCUACCUGGAUAUGGCUCACAGGGAGGUGGUUGAUCGCCUCAGGAGCAACGUGGAAGGCAAGUACCUGAUGGAUGCCGUUCCCUUCAGCUGCUGUAAUGUAAACUCACCCCGGCCGUGUAUCCAGCAGCAGGUGAGCAACAACUCAGCUCACUUCAACUACGACCACCGCACAGAGCAGCUCAACCUGUGGACCAAAGGGUGUCACCAGGCUCUCUUGGACUACUACACCGGCAUUGUACAUUCCAUUGGCCUCACCGUGCUCAUCACGUGGCUCUUUGAGCUGUCAGUAUUGACGGGCGUGCGUUACCUCCAGACGUCCUUGGAGAACAUGUUGAGACUUGGAGACCCCGACUGCGAGUCUGAAGGCUGGCUGCUGGAAAACAGUUUCAUAGAAACGGCGCGAAGCAACCUGAACAUCAUCAAGACACUCAGCAAAAACAACCAUGUCGACACCGGCAGCAACGGUGACCCCAACAUCAAUGUACCCUCCACUUCCAAAGCUCACUACGGGCCGGAUAAUGUGCCUCCCCAGCCAAAACCUGCGGCCAGCUGA